UCAAACCAUGAUAGCGCUCCAAUCCUCUGUCUCCACCGCGGUCACUAAGGCUGAAUCAUGAAGCAUUAGCUUUAGAGUUAAGCUUUGUGUUCAAUGACAUUAUUCACGUCAAGUGAACUAUAUGUUGUGAUAUUUACUACUAAGAACAAGUCCAUUUCAUGGUUCACUUUCACCAGGAUUUGGUUUUGUAGUCUUGGUGCAUGUACCAGGCACUUUGCAGUUGUUGAAUCCAUGAUAAACCUGAGGGUCACAGAAUUACUGGAUGUGAUAGGUAACAUUAAACCUAAGAAGUAAAUAAUUGAUGAAUUGAACUGAAGUCCAAGUAAUAAAGUCAUAUCUAUGCGGUAAGUGGAUUGUUUGAGCUUCAGUUCUUCAGUUCUAAGUGACUGGUUUGGAGUUUUAUCAGGAGCAUCUAUGUGGUAACUUAUGUUUAAGGUCAGACUUUGGACAUGUGAGUAAUCGAAACCCAGAGGCUCAUUGGUGUCAGUUCAUCAUUAACCAACAUUACACAUAUUCUCAGUGUUUCCUUGAUCUACAAAUAUGAUGACGGCUAAACUGACAAAGCUGCUUGUUCACAACCUGGAGAAUCACAUCAGGUGUCCACAUUUUACAGAUCAGGACUGGAUGUGAAUGAGAGGAAACCACUGACGAAGUUAAUGCUUUAACGCAGUAUGGUUAUGAAUCCACACCUGGCUUGAGUACGCAGUCGGUGGACACUCCCACAUUUUACUUUCAGGUUCAGCCAGCUCACGAUCAGCAGGAAUCUUAACCACAUGUGAAAAAAUAUGAUUAAGUUGGUUUUGCUGCUUCUCUUGUGUCAUGUUUCAUCAUCAGUGAAACACUCACUGAUGUUUUACGUCACUGCCUCCUCUGGAGUCCCAAACCUUCCAGAGUUUAUGGUGCUAGGACAGGUUGAUGACAUCCAGGUGAUUUACUCUGAUGGCAGCAAAAAGAUAUUUGAACCAAGACAGGACUGGACGAAAAAAUUAUUUGAUGACAAUCCUCAACUCUGGACACAGGGCACUAAGGACUGUUUUGAGAUUCAACCUCCCCGCUUCAAGAGCAAACUGAACAGUUUGAUCCAGCUCUUCAACCACAGUGAAGGUUCAGGUGUUCACAUUUUACAGCUUAAGAUUGGCUGUGAAUGGAAUGAAACGACUGGAGAGGUUGCUGGUUUUGAACGGUUUGGUUAUGAUGGAGAAGACUUCAUUGAACUGGAUCUGAAGAGGUUGACGUUGACCGCUCUGAGACCAGAGGCUAAUAUUAUCAAACAGAAAUGGGAUAAAGAUACAAACAGGAUAAAAUACGAUGAGCAAUUACUUACUCAGACUUGUCCUGAGUGGCUGAAGUUGAGUUUGAAGUAUGGGAACAGCUCUCUGCUGAGAACAGACGUCCCCUCAGUGUCUCUCCUCCAGAAGACUCCCUCCUCUCCAGUCAGCUGCCACGCUACAGGUUUCUACCCUGACAGAGCCAUGAUGUUCUGGAGGAAAGAUGGAGAGGAGAUUCAUGAAGGAGUGGAACAUGGAGAGAUCCUCCCCAACCAUGAUGGAUCCUUCCAGAUGAAUGUUGACCUGAACAUUUCAUCAGUCUCACCUGAAGACUGGAGGAGGUACGACUGUGUGUUUCAUCUCUCUGGUGUUGAGGACGACAUCAUCACCAAACUGGAUGAAACACAGAUCAGAACCAACUGGGCCGAGAUGCCCAGAGACAAGACCAUCACCACCAUCAUCAUCAUCUCUGCAGUGGUUGUUGUUGUUGUUGUCGUCUUUGCAGCAGCUGCUGGAUACAUGGUUUAUAAAAAGAAACAAGACCAAAAGGCUCCACCUGACCUUACAGAUAGUGAGAACAACAUUGACUGUGGAUCAUCUGGGCUUCCAAACCUCUCAGAGGUUCAGGACUGGAUGAGAAAAAUCUUUGAAAAUGACACUCGACAGAUGGAUUGGUACACUAAGCAGUGUACUGAGAAAAGGUCCAACUUCUUCAAAGCCAUGAUGUAUACUUUGAAGCAGCUCUUCAACCAAAGUGUUCACAUUUUACAGCUGAUUGAAGGCUGUGAAUGGGAUGAAACAUCUGGAAACGUUACUGCUUCUAUGAGGUUUGGUUACGAUGGAGAAGACUUCAUUGAACUGCAUUAUAAGAUGUUGACCUGGACCGCUCUGAAACCAGAGGCUGACUUCACCAAUCAGAGAUGGAAUAAUGACAGAAUUAGAACAAAACAAAAUGAGAAGUUCCUUACUCAGGAUUUCAACCUCUCCCUGGCCCAAGCGGUCAUCCUUACCUGCCUGAAAUCUGCCUCCAUCAUCCCGCUACCAGAAGAAGUCACCCACAACCUCAAUGACUUCCACCCUGUUGCCCUCACACCAGUCAUUAUUAAGUGCUUUGAGAGACUGGUUGUACAGCACAUCAAGGACUGUCUCCCCCUCACACUUGAUCCACUUCCUGUCCUCAGGAAGAACAACCUGGACAGGAAGCUGCUGCUGGCCUUCUACUACUCAUCCAUAGAAAGUCUGCUGAAGCACUUUGGUCUAAAGUCUUUACAGAAACAGAACAAGAUGAAAACUUUGCUUUUGUUGCUUCUCUUCUGUCGUGUUUCAUCAACCGUGAAACACUCACUGAAAUAUUUCAUCACUGGAUCCUCUGAAGUCUCAGAACUUCUAGAGUUUGAGGCUGUUGUAUCAGUUGAUGACAUCCAGGCUGGAUACUGUGGACACAGCGACAAGAAAUUAGAAUUCAAAAUGGACAGGGAGACAAAAGUCUUUGACACUCAUCCUCAAAAAUUAUUUAUGUACGUUCAGUACUGUUUUAUGUUCUACCCGGAUUCCUUCAAAGACAUGAUUCCGAUUCUGAAGCAGGACUUCAACCAGAGUGAAGGUGUUCACAUUUUACAGCUUAUGCAUGGCUGUGAAUGGGAUGAAAAGACUGGAGAGGUCACUGGCUUCAUGCAGUAUGGUUAUGAUGGAGAAGACUUAAUUGAACUGGACCUAAAGGCAUUAACGUGGGUCGCUCUGAAACCUCAGGCCGUCUCCACCAAACUGAAAUGGGAUUCAGAUGUAGAGAGUAUACAAUUCAAUAAGGAGUUCUUAACUCAGACUUGUCCUGAGUGGCUGAAGAUGUAUUUACACUAUGGGAAAAACUCUCUGUUGAGAACAGCUCUCCCCUCAGUGUCUCUCCUCCAGAAGACUCCCUCCUCUCCAGUCAGCUGCCACGCUACAGGUUUCUACCCUGACAGAGCCAUGAUGUUCUGGAGGAAAGAUGGAGAGGAGAUUCAUGAAGGAGUGGAACAUGGAGAGAUCCUCCCCAACCAUGAUGGAUCCUUCCAGAUGAAUGUUGACCUGAACAUUUCAUCAGUCUCACCUGAAGACUGGAGGAGGUAUGACUGUGUGUUUCAUCUCUCUGGUGUGGAGGACGACAUCAUCACCAAACUGGAUGAAACACAGAUCAGAACCAACUGGGUUGAGAAGCCCAGAAACAAGACCUCCACCAUCAUCAUCUCUGCAGUGGUUGUUGUGGUUGUUGUUGUCGUUGUUGCAGCAGCUGCUGGAUUCAUGGUUCAUAGAAAGAAACAAGACCAAAAGGCUCCACCUGAUAGUGAAGUCAGCUCUGAGCUCUCUGAGAGACUGAAUCCUAACUGACAAAACUUUAUCCUUAUAUUUUAACGUUUACAAUAACUUACUCUAAAUACACUGUCCAACACUAGAUACUAGAUACUGGACAACUGAAACCAUGUUCUUUUUUUCAAAGAGUAGAUUCAUCAUAAUUGUGACAUUUACACUUAGAGACCAGAUCAAAGUCUAGUGGAACUAGAUGGUGGCUUUCCAAGCCAGUUGGCCUGGUUAUACCACUCUGGGUUUUUCCGGUCACUAUGUUUCUACUACUAUGUGUCAAACUGCCUUUUUUGAAGUUUAUAUUAAGUUGGGUCUAGUUCUGUAAUUCGUGUUUGCAUUCCUAUGUUUUGAUAUUCUGUUGUUAACGCUAACAUGAUUUUAUGUAGAUUUGUGUUUUUCUUAAGAACGUAUAGUUUUAUAGUGUCUCCUUUUUAAAUCCCGGAUUACAGAAACAUAAUUUUAUUAUGAUCAAUGUCUAUAUACCUUCCGUUUACACCUGAUGAUGAUGAUGUUUAAACCUGACUCACCUGAACUCUCACAGCAGCGACUUGUUCUCUUACAGCUCAGUGUACUGAUUGAACUUUAAUGUGUAUGAAGAUCCUGAUGGAAAUCUUUAAAUGCUGUAACAAUCAUCUGAGCUGGUUUUAGUUCAUACUGUGAUUUAGGUUGACCUGACAGCUGACUGUGAGCAGCUCUAUCACUACUACUGUUCUUUUAGUUAACUUUAAAGAUAAUCAUCAGUUUAUAUGUGGAAUUACUGUCUUGAUGAAUGAAUCUGUUUCUGGAUCUU